UAAUGAGCGAUAUUUUAGCAAAUUCCGGCUAUAUUCCUGGAAGGAACAUUGAGUACCCGGUCAGAGUCUCCUCUAUUGAUGCUUACAAGAAGGAAGCUAUUGAGAAUUAUCUUAAUAAUCUGGCUUUAAUGGAUAGGCAUUAUUUGAACUUUAAUACGAAAUUCCUAUCAGCUAUUAGUCAGAGAAAAGAGAGAGUAAAUAAUAUUGUCAGAAGGAUUGCAUAUAUACAAAGCAAGUUUAAGACUCUUGAAAGCGUCAAGAAAGCUAUUAGAAUCUCAGCGCCAAGAGCAUACCCUCUUCAGAAGUCCAGAAAGCAUGCUAAAUCUAUCCAUUUUGAUGAUGGAUUUAAUCCUUCUGAGGAGGAUGUAGAUCCUAUUUAUAAUAAAAUCUAUGGUCAAAGGAUCAUACAUGAAGUAGGAGAGCUUGGAUCUAGAGUUGAAACCUCAGCCCAAGACUUAUCGAACCUCAUCCAGUGUUAUAACCACAUCAAUCUUGAGAGAGAUACAUUAGGAGAGAUGUAUAGAAGCAAGCGUCAAGAGAAUGAAUCUAUUCUUGGAAGGACUCCUUCAGUAGUUAAAAAUAUAUCAGAACUCCUUCUUUUUAAUUCCUCUACAAAUGUAUACUCUGAUGUUCAUGCUGGCCUUCCAAACUCUAAAUGGGAGAAAGCCUGAGAAAAGAAUAGAAGGAAGCAGAGGAAGAGUCAAAAGAUGAAAGAUAACGCCUCAAUUUUUUACCCAAACAAAGUAGAAGAAAAUAGUCUUCUCCAAGCUCCUCCGCUGAGUAUAAUAAAAAGAAAAGAAAACAACGGAUUUAAAAAACAAGGAUUUUUAUUCGAGCCUGAACUUAAAGAAGAGGAGAAGAAGCUUCAGGUUGAAAAAAACCUUAACUUUGGUACAGAUCUAUAUGACUUUGUUGAUGAGAAAGAUAUCAUCGGAGGAGAAAAGUAUAAUUAUAAAGAAGAUAAUUUUGUUGGUAUUGAAGAUGCUAUUGCUCCAAUGAAAGUAAGAAAAAGAGAGAAGAAAACAAAUUUGAACAAAAGCCAGAUGAAUUAUUGAACAAAUGCUAAGCCAGAUUACUCAAGAAGAAAAUUCUCUGAAGGAGAUGACUCUUAUAAUGAUGCUCCAAUAGAUUUUAUGCUAAAAAAAACUAUCUUCUAAAACAAGCAUCAAGCCUACCCUCUCAAUUCUGACAAGUUUCCGACCCCACAAAAAUCCCCCUUGUCAACCCCUCCACAGCCCCCAUCCCCCUACUCCAUCCUUCCUUUCUCCCCAACCCCCGCCUGCUCCCUCCUCUCUUCCUCCACCACCUCCUUCCCAGUCCUGACCAAAUUCUGACCAGCCCCUUCCUCUCCCACAAAAGCCUGGGCCAAGCCUGGCCCAGGCUUGUGCAGGAGAAGUAGUGGCUGCAGAAGAAGAAGUCUGUGCAGAGGAGAGGAAAUUAGAGGAAGAGAAGGAAGAGACUAAGGGAGAUGGGGAACUGGGGAUGAGGAGUAAUGAGGGAAGUGGAGUAGAAGUUGAGGAGAAGGAGGUGCCGAUUCCGAGUGCGCCUGUAAGUGGGAGGGAAAAAUUAACAUUUCAAGAGGAGUUACUUCUUCAGAGGCAGAAUUUAAGAGAUAAGCCAAGGAGGAGAAAGCCAAAGAAGAUAAUAAAAAACCAAGUAAAAUUGAGAAGAGAAUUUCUAAUGAAUAAGAAAAGUUCUGAAUUAUCGGAAGAUUCCUCUGAUGAAAAUAGUGAUUCAAAGAGCUGUGAAUCUAGUGAAUUCGAAUAAUUUCUUGAUAAAAUUUAGAUAGAUUUAUGCUUCUCAGAGGAAGCUUGAAAUCCCUCUAAAUCUUUUGCA